CGGAGGAUGCUGAGCCCGGACCGGCUCGCCCAGAGCGGGCCCGACUACCUGGCUCAGCGACACGUCCUCACGUACAUGGAAGACGCCGUGAGCCAGCUGCUGGAAAACAGAGAGGAGAUAAGUCAAUAUGGCAUUGCCAGGUUCUUCACUGAUUACUUUAACAGUGUGUGUCAGGGAACUCAUGUCCUGUUCCGCGAAUUCAGCUUCAUUCAAGCCACUCCCCACAACAGGGCGUCCUUCUUGCGGGCCUUCUGGAGGUGCUUCCGAACAGUGGGCAGAAAUGGAGAUUUGAUGACCGUGAAAGAAUAUCACUGUCUGCUACAACUACUAUGCCCUGAUUUCCCACUGGAGCUCACUCAGAAGGCGGCCAGGAUCGUGCUCACAGACGACACCACGGAUUGCCUGAUGUCCUUUUCAGAUUUCCUCUUUGCCUUCCAGAUUCAGUUUUACUACUGUGAAUUCCUGGAGAGCGUGGCCGCUAUCUAUCAGGACCUGCUGAUGGGCAAGAGCCCCAACACCGUCAUCGUCCCGACCUCCUCCAGCGGUCAGCACCGGCAGAGGCCGGUCCCCAGCGAGCCCGGCACCCCUGAAGGGGUGGAGGCGACACUCUUCUUCCAGUGCCUCGAGAGCCUGUGUGAGCGCCACAAAUGCAGCUGCCCUCCCCCAGCUCUUCUCAGAGAGGUCCUGAGCGGUGCCCAGAGGCUGACCUUCUGCGGAUUCCUUAUGGCUCUCGCGAAGCAUCAGGGAAUCAACCAGGCCCUGGGGGCUCUGCCAGACAGGGCAGAUCUGAUGCACGAUCCCCCCAUGGAUGAAGAGCUGGAGAGGCUGCUGGCCCAGGUGCCCGGGCUCCCGCCUCCCCCGGCCUGCAGCGCGGAGGGCAGCGGCCCGUCCUCCAGGACGCCGCCCCGGGUGGCAUCUCCCUGGAGGCCGCUCCAUCACCCGCGCAGACUGGACGGCGAGAGCGAGGGCUCCACGGAAGACACCGACGAAUCCGAACCCUAGAAGCGGCGUGCGGGGCCCUGCCUGGGCCCGGCCUCCUCCCUCUCGCCCUGGCCUUGCCCUGCCCAUCCCUCAGCAGCCCAAAGGCCUCCCCUUUGCUGCUUUCCUCCAGUAAGCGCUCAAUAAAUACGACUGAUUGAUGGA